CCAAAAAAGUUGAAUUUCCCAAGAGACUUGCUGCUCCUCCAACUCAAAGCCCAAACCACUGCUGCAGAUAAGAUGAAGGGUGUGCUGAUGUUGCUCGUGGUGGCCCUCGUGGCGGUUCAGAACGCUGCAGCGGGUGGAAAGAACCGGAAGGAAAAAGCCAACAGCCCGAAGGUGGGGUCGGAAUGUGCGGACUGGCGCUAUGGCAACUGUGUCCCUAGCAACGGAGACUGUGGUGUGGGCUUCAGAGAGGGCUCGUGUGAGCAACAAACCAAGAGGAUGAAGUGCAAAGUGCCCUGCAACUGGAAGAAAGACUUCGGAGCUGACUGCAAGUAUCGAUUUGCUAGCUGGGGAGAGUGUGACCCAGGCUCUGGGUCCCGGACCAGGUCAGGGACUUUGAAGAAGGCUCUGUACAAUGCUCAGUGUCAGCAGACCAUCUCUGUGUCCAAACCGUGCAGUGGGAAGACCAAGACCAAGACCAAAGGAAAGAAGGGAAAAGGAAAGGAAAACUAGACGGAAGAUGAGGAGCGACUCUUCAGGAAGACGCAAGAUGAAAUGUCAAAGAGUCAAACAGAAGAGAGGAAAGAGGUGUAGCAGUAAAAGUCAACAAUAGCUGGGCCGUUAUCUUUUGCAGACCUCAGAGUACAACGCCUGAUUAUUCAUCGGCACAACACACCACAUUUUACCCCAUACCCCAUACCCCACACCCCAUACCCCAUGCCCCCUACACCAUACUCCAUACCCCAUACCUGAUACCCCAUACCCAAUACCCUAUACCCCAUACCCCAUACCCCAUGCCCUAUACCCCAUGCCCCAUACCCCAUGCUCCCUCGUGGCUGUUUAAACUAAGACAACCAUCCUGGAAUCUCAACGCCUCCCUUCAGACAGCCGAGAGGAUCAAACCUCAGUCACAAUCAGAAUAAAUCAGAUCUUCUCUUCCUGUGUGAUUACAGUGUGAAGACGAGCCCUGCAAGCCAAACCAGAUCUCAGGAGUAGUCCAACAAGCACCUUCUGCAGCUCUCUCACAGGCAGUGGUUUCUCCCAAAAGACCGACCCGGCGGGCAAAUGACUCCUUUUAAUGCUUACAUGCAAGCUGGUCUUUGAGCAGUUUCCAUUCCAUGAGGGUUUUUUAUAUAUAUUUAUCAUGUGAACCACCGACCCACUGGCAUGAAACUCCACCCAGGUUCUGGUUUGGACUGUUCUCUGACAUGUCUGUCAACCAGUUCUGUUGGUCGACAUGAAGAGAACCUUCGAACUCGUGUUCUUUUAAUGCCUUAAAGCUUGCGUUGGGUGUCGGGGUAGACCCUGUGGCUGACACAACACAGACCCUGUUUACACUCGGGUUUAAAAUGCGUUUUGGGAGAUCGGAUCACAAGUGGACAGCGAGACACGUCGCCGUUUACACCCGUGUCUCUCAUGCGUCUCCAAAUGUGUCCUGCUGACCACCUGUCAUCAGAUGUCGUUACUCCGAAGGAGAAGAAGAAGAAGAAGAUUUCCUGUUACGUCCUUGUCGGGGACGCAUUAGGACACAUUAGCGUUUACACUACAGAAGAUAUGUGGUCAAAUGCGUCCCAGACCACGUUGGCAAGUGGUCUGAGUCACCGGCUCACAAAACGUUUUAGUGGCCGUUCACACUUGCAUUUAGCGCUGCCCACUUGUGAAAAAUCUCAUUUUAAAACCAAGUGUAAACAAAGUCUGUACGCUACGACUGCUGCCGAGAGCUGAACCGGGAGGGUUUUCUUCUCGCCACCAAUAACAAGGUGUGGCCACUCACUUCCAACAGCUCAGAUCUUGUCUGGCUUGCAAGGCACUGCACACAGGAUGGAAGGGAAGACAUAGAUCAAUACAUCGAUAGAUAGAUCAAUACAUCGAUAGAUAGAUCAAUCGAUAGAUAGAUAGAUCGAUCGAUAGAUCACUAGAUAGAUCAAUACAUCGAUAGAUAGAUCGAUAGAUCGAUAGAUAGGAAGCGUUAAACAUUAGCUGUCAGCCAGAGUCUUUAUGCAUUAAACGAUGCUGAUAAUAGUGAAUGUCUGCUAAGUCACCUGACAUUAUGACAUAUAACUAUCGGCUGUGGUUUAGGACAGACGAUACUGACAGCUCAGUUCAGCGGUAACAUUUAGAGACCCUUCUUUUUCUUCUUCUGAUGUUUUGUUGUUUUGUUGCCCUGGCCUGACUUCCUGUUUCCCUCUGAAUUGAUGGCAUCAGUUUACCCGCCCCCUAACCAUUUAUUUGAUGUUGUUUUAUACAGGAUAUCCUUAUUUUGAUAAUUACUCUAGAACAGGGCGGGGCUGUAACUUCCCGGCCUGCAGCGUUUCCGGUCCCUUCUAGAAGUGUUCUAGAAGCCCGGGAGCGUCGCGUUCGUGUGCCUGUAAAAGUGUUGCAUGGUUUGCUGUUUCUUAAGAAUAAAAC